AUGAAUCUCGACCGUCCAGGCAGAGGCCUUACCCUCCCUUUCAUGAAGCACCGCGAAAGCAAUUCUCAGCAUGAACACCGCCUCGCUGGCUUUGGUUGGCUCCCUAACAAGGUCCGCAACCAAUUCAUUGCCGUCGUCGGCGAGUUCGUCGGAACUUUCCUCUUCCUGUUCUUCGCCUUCAGUGCUACUCAAGUCGCCAAUGCCGCUACCAGCAAUGCAUCGUCGAGCAAUGAGGAUGGCUCUAUCACCCAAGCCCCCAACACAUCUGCCCUGUUGUACAUCGCACUGGCCUUUGGCUUCUCGCUUGCUGUCAAUGCCUGGGUCUUCUUCCGCAUCACUGGCGGCCUCUUCAACCCAGCAGUUACUCUUGCCCUCUGUCUCAUCGGUGCUUGCAAAUGGGUCCGUGGUCUGCUCGUCUUCAUUGGCCAGAUCCUGGGCGGCAUUGCUGCUGCCGGAAUCGUCUCGUGCCUCUUCCCUUCCGCCAUGAACGUAUCGACAACUCUCGGAGGUGGCACUUCAAUCGUCAGAGGCUUGUUCAUCGAGAUGUUCCUGACCGCCAUGCUCGUCUUCACCAUUCUCAUGCUGGCUGCUGAGAAGCACAAGGGAACUUUCCUUGCUCCCAUCGGCAUCGGAUUGGCGCUUUUCAUCGCCGAACUCACCGGUGUCUUCUUUACUGGUGGCAGUCUCAACCCCGCCCGCUCCUUCGGACCUUGUGUUGUUCUGGGCGUCUUUCCAGGCUAUCACUGGAUAUACUGGCUUGGUCCCUUCCUCGGAUCCAUCCUGGCUGUCGGAUUCUACAAAUUUAUCAAAACUCUGGAAUACGAGACGGCCAACCCUGGACAGGACUUCAACGACAAAGAAGCCGAGGUUUUCCAGGUCGAUGAGGACACGGCAACUACUGCGGCAGAUGUAGCCAGACCCAACGUGGCAAUCGGACGUAGUGAGUACAUUGCUGACGGCCGCGGCAUCUAUCACUCACAAGAUGUUCGCCAAGCUGCAGCUGCUCCUCGUGCUCCUGCAAACUAUGGCAACACUGGCUACGGCAACACUCAUCCCUCCGGUCCCGCUCCCGCCCUUCCUCCCAUCAAGCAGGUUUCUUCUGCAAGUGAAGGCAACCCUACCGGUUCACGCGGCUAUGACGGUACCUUGUCUGGAACUACACAUGAUGGUGCCGAUUCUGACCGUACUCGUGAUAGUCUAAAUGUGCCUCGAGAUGCCCACCGCGCUCCCGACCAUGUUUAUGACGAGAAGAGACGUCGCAGUUCGAGCAUCAGCGGCACCCAACAUCAUGAGCGAACACGUCGCAGCUCCAGUUUUGGCAACACUCACCAGGGUGAUCGUUACCAAGCGUCUGCCGAUGCAGAAAGGGGUGACAUUGGAGGAAGUUACAAGGUUUCGGGACUUUGA